AUGCCGGAAAUGCAGCAGCCAAAUCGCACCUCACCACAAUCCGUGCCAGACGAGGAGACGUUUGUGAAGAAGCUGGGAGUGCCGGGGGACCAAGCUGUCAAAGUCCUCUCCAUCUUUGGCAACACGGGGGACGGGAAGUCACAUACCUUGAACGCCACUUUCUUCGGCGGCCGUGAGGUGUUCCGCACCUCGGACACCCAGGACUCCUGCACCGUGGGCGUGUGGGCGGCCUACGAGCCGUGCCUGGGCCUGGUCCUGCUGGACACGGAGGGCCUGUUGGGGGCGACCAGCAAACAGGAUCGGAGGCGCCGACUGCUCCUGAAGGUGCUGGCCGUGUCUGACCUGGUGGUGUACAGGACGCGGGCCGAGCGGCUGCACAACGACCUCUUCCGUUUCCUGGGCAACGCCUCGCGUGCCUACCUCCGCCACUUCAGCCACGAGCUGCAAGCCGCGAGCCAGCGCCUCGGCCUCGGGCUUUCACUCUCCAGCCUCGGGCCUGCCCUCAUCAUCUUCCAGGAGACCUCCAACACCAAGACGCUGGGUGGCGACUCGCAGACUCCAGGGAAUGCCGAGCAACUGCUCCAGAAGCGGUUCCACUUGCUCGGUUUGAGCACGGAAGCGUUCAACUCUGUCGAGUAUGUUGGCACAAGGACAGCGGGCACCCCCACCGACUUCUCUGGCUUCCUGGAGGUGGUACGUCAACGGGCCAACAGUACGUUGACCCGCUCUCGGAGAUCACCAGCCAUUGUCUACAAUGUGUUAAAGGCUCUGAGCCUCCGCUUCGACGGUGAGAUAACAGACAGCAGGAUUGUGAUUGACUGCUUUUUUCCUGACGAGUACUUCAGCUGCUCUAGCGUGUGCCUCAGUUGUGGGGCUCACUGUACAAACAGCAUGAAUCAUCUGAAGGACAGCGUCCCACAUGAGGCAGCUGGGAGAUGUCGAUACAUGCACCAAUAUAACAACAAGGUGUUAAUCUGCAGGGUGUGCUAUGAGCGAGGCUGGGAAGUAACUGUCAAUCCGAAAACCUCCGCAUCCACAGACAGCAAGUGGUUGGGACUUGCAACUUAUGUCUGGUCUGGGUAUGUUCUGGAAUGUCCAAACUGUGGGAUUAUCUACCGCAGCAGACAGUACUGGAUUGGAAACCAAGAUCCUGAGGCAUCUGUCGUACGUCCUGAGCUAAAACACGUGUGGCUUGGGAUGGAGUCGUUCCUGGGGACGAACCAUAACGGGGCUCAGCGAGUACUGGACGGCGUCAACUUUGUGAUCCAGUCGGUCUCCGAGUACAGUACAGGGCCAAGCAAAGCGAUCACCUCUUGGCUGACGGAUCAAGUGGCCCCAGAUUAUUGGAGGCCCAACUCCCAGAUCAUGGAAUGCCAUCAGUGCAAGAAACGUUUUGAGGACGGGGACCGUAAGCAUCACUGUCGGGCAUGCGGAGAGGGUUGCUGUGAUGCCUGCUCCAGUAAAAGCAUGCCAGUCCCAGAGCGGGGCUGGGGGACUGCUGCAGUGAGAGUGUGUGACGAUUGCUUCAGAACAGGUGGGAACAGCACAGGAAAGGAGCUGGAGUCGGCGAGAGAAGGCACAGGGUUACUGGCGCGCAGGAUUACAGAGGCGGCGCAGAGCACUCUAGAUACGAUGGCUUCGGCAGUCGAAUAUCCUCUUGGAUUUGUCAAGGAGGUGGCGAGGCCUGACUAUUGGGUGCCGGAUCACGAGCUGGUCAAGUGUCACCGCUGCGCGAAGCCCUUUUCUGGCACAACGGCCAAGCACCACUGCCGAGCCUGCGGCCUAGGCGUUUGUGGUCAGUGCUCCCCGGAGCUGAGGACUGUGCCAUCUCGGGGCUGGCACCACCCGGUCAGGGUCUGCCUGGAGUGUAGCGAGAAUAAAGGGGAGCUCUGAAGCCCAGCGCCUCUUUCCCCCAGCCCCUUCACUCCGAGUUUUGGUCAGCCGCGCGAGAGGACCGCCACCUCGAGGGGGCAGGAUCAGAGUCGGAUUCCAGGGAAGGUUCACCGGGCUUCCUACGUCCUCGCUCGGCUAACCCAUGCCUGGUUCCUGCCGGGCUGUUGGGUCAAAGCCACAAGAAACGUUGACUAGGCCCCUCGUGUUGACGCCGGCCUGAAGGGACAAAUAUGGCCAACAGGCCUGGAGGUCACCAAAAUCCUGGAGAGUCUGUCAUGUGACUUAUUAUCACUUCACUCCUCUUCUCCCCCCCCCACCAAAUCAGCCAUUGGCUGCCCUACGCGUCAAUCAUCAUGAUCCCGGUUCACCGCGCCACCCCCAACAACCAAUCAGGAAAUGAGCAACCUCUUUCUGAAGAAGGGUCUAGGCCUGAAGCGUCAGCCUUCCUGCUCCUCUGAUGCUGCUUGGCCUGCUGUGUUCAUCCAGCUCUACACCUUGUUAUCUCUUUCUCCGCACUGGCUGAAAUGGAGCGCUGGCCAAACUGCCUCUGGGUUAAUGUGUUGAGAUGAAUUUAAGUGGAAGUCACUAACGAACAUUGAAGAUUGUGUGUGUGUGUGAGUGAGAGUGUGAUUGAUGCCCCUGUGUCCCAGGAGUUAAACUUCAACCCCAGGAGACUGCAGGGCAAUCCUGGGGAUGGGGGAUGUGAGGGGCUCGGAGAAAUGCGAGCAUCUGAAUAAAUAGGAGCCACCUGUUCAGCUCUUUGAACCUAUUUCGCUGUUCAGUACAGUCACAGCUGGUCUGGCUCGAGCCUCAGCCCUUCAACCCUUAGAUUCUUGGGGCUGACUGAUUUGUCAAUUGAACUUGACCUCAAAAAUAUUCAGUAAUCCCGCUGCUACAGCCUGUUGGAGGAGACAGAUAAGGUGCGAUGUAUUUGCACAUGUCGGAAGCUACACCAAUAAAAACUCACUCAGGAGCCUGUGUUCUGUGUAGGUGAAAGGAAUUUGUACAGACAAUUAUUUCUUCCUCCAACUGCGCCCCCCCCCCCCAAAAAAAAGGGGUCAUGAGACAGCCAAUCGCUGCAUCCCCAAGGCAACACCUCGACCAAUCAGAAUUGACCCACCUGGUCUGUGAAUGAAGAUUGACAGCUAAUGGCCCUAUAGCACCCCCCCUCCCCUUGACCAAUCAGAAUCGACCUGUCUGGUCUCUGAAUGCAGAUUGACAGUCAGCUGCCCCAUGGCAUCACCCUGACCAGUCAGAAUCAAGCUGCCUGGUCUGUGAAUGAAGAUUGACAGUUAACUGCUCUUGCUGCCUGUCCCAGCCAGCGACGGCCCGACCAAUCAGCACCCUCUGCUCAUGAUGCAUGGAAGGCUUGUCCCUCCGUUCAGAAACAAGACCAGAAAUCACUGGAAAAGCCCAGCAGGUCUGGCAGCGUCUGUGGAGAGAAAUCGGGGUUAACGUUCGGGUUGAGUGACCCUUCCUCAGAAUGCCUCUGUUCAAGUCUGUUUCUCUCUUCCUCAUCCUGCUGAUAGUGAGACAGUCCGCCUCACUGUCUUGUCUCCUUUCAGCAACAUUUUAAACAUGCCGAUUAUAAGCUGCAGGCUGGAACUAUUCCCCCGAUGUUGUUCUGCACCUUCUCUCUGGCCUUCGCAUCCUCCCUAAAGGUGGAUCUCAGUUUCCGUUUUAAAUUGGCUGAAAAUGGAUGGAGGAGUGAACCUGAGCUCAGUGUUGCAGUGUGCAAUGAAUAAGUGGAGCCCAAAGGCAGCAGAUGCAUGAAACACCAUCAUCUCCCAGCGCUCACCACCCUGACUUGGAAAUAUAUCACCGUUCCUUCCUUGUCACUGGGUCAAAAUCCUGGAACUCCCUCCCUAAGGACACUGUGGGUCAACCUACAGCCCAUGGACUUCAGUGGUUCAAGGAGGCAGCUCACCCCCACCUUCUCAAAGGGGCAAUUAGGGAUGGGCAAUAAAUGCUGGGCCCAGCCAGCAAUGCCCACAUCCCAUGAACUAAUUUCAAAGCUUCUAAGAACUUUUUUUAUUUGUGUGUUUCAAAACAUUCCACAGUGCGCUUUCUUUUUGAAGAGGUUAGCACAGUCUUCAAUACUUUGUAAAGGGAUUUUCCCCAGUCUCUACUUCUCGGACCUUUUUACUGAGCACCAGACUCCCUUGUUUUUUCCCCGCAUUCGGGGCCUGGGACCGACUGAGUUCGUUGGAGGGGAAGCUUAAAUCGAUUUGGUUCAGUCAUUUUUGUCAGUGUGAGCAUUUGAGGAUAGGCGUGGGUUAAGCCCUCAUAGUGGCUCACUCGUUCUCACAGAUUAAUAAACUUAGCAUUCCUGCUUUUAAUGCUCCGUUUCCUCACACUGCUCGAACAACUGCGUAGAAAUCGUGAUGCACUCAGUGGCCACAUAGCCUUGUGAUUCUCAAUGGAGCCCAGGUGUCCCGUGGUCUGUGAUGGGAGAGGGGUUAUGCCUUCAGAGGGAAUAGGAGACCACUUUACAGGUUGUAACUUAAUGAGUUAGUGAGUGGACGGUCAGAGGGGUUUUAAUUUAUUUCUAAGCUACAACAAAAGUCUCCAGUGACCCUUACACUGCCUAAUAAAAUGCAGUUAGUGAGCAUAACUGUGAACAUAUUGUGUUCCUAUUAACCACAGCCAAUGACAGCAGUGUGUGGUCUCCAGGAAUCAUUGACAUAAAGAUUAUCCAGUAUCUCCGUUUCUCUGUAUUGAUUUAAAAGCACCUGAGGAGUGACUGUGUGAUGGUGCAGUCUGUGUGUGGGGUUUGUGACACGUCAGAGAUUAGUUGUCAAUCUUUUUUUUGAGCCCUGAAGUCUGAAUCAAACUGAAAGAAAUUGCACCUCCCUCAUUAAAAGGUGAGACUUU